UUUUUUUAAACUAUUAUUUUUUGUGACUUUCUGAAAUGAAAUUUACCAAAAAGUUAACAAUUUUUUAUGUAACGUUUGGAUGGAAUAAUAAUGGAAUUUCGCUGCAAUUGACUUCCAAACGACUAUAACCUCAAAAAUAAAAAAGGUAAAUAAAUAAAAAAAUAAGUGCAACCAUGUGCUGAGUGUAAAAAUAAACAACCGUUAGUUGUUGUUCAAUAAUCACUUUUAAUGCGCUCUAUUUUUUCAAAAUUAAAUCUGUCAGUGCCUGUUAUAAUAAAUCGCUUUAUAAAAACUUCAUCAGUGAUGGCGAAAAGUAAAUUCGAGUAUGUAAGACUUUAUGAGCGGGAUAAUGUUUGUCUGCAAAACUGCUGGAUUGUCGUGAGGAUAGAUGGAAAAAAUUUUUCAAAAUUCUCAGACGACCACAAGUUUUUGAAGCCUAAUGAUAUCAGGGCUCUUGAUUUGAUGAACAAGGCCGCUUCUGCGGUAAUCAGAGAAUUUCAUGAUAUUGUGUUAGCAUUUGGACAAAGUGAUGAGUAUUCGUUCGUUUUUAGGAAAGAAACUACCGCUUAUAAUCGCCGAGAAACUAAACUGCUAACUUACGUUAAUUCUCUUUUCUCAUCGGCGUAUACAUUCCACUGGCGUGAUUCCUUUACAGAAUGUGCCUUGAAAUAUCCGCCGUCCUUUGAUGCCAGGGUGGUACUCUACCCAUCAGAUGAAAAUUUGAGAGAUUAUUUAUCCUGGAGGCAAGCUGAUGUUCACAUUAAUAAUUUAUACAACACUUGCUUUUGGAAUUUAGUGCAACGGCAAAAUAUGACUACCGCAGAAGCUCAAGAAAAAUUAAAAGGAACAGUCAGUAGCCAAAAAAACGAUUUACUUUUUGAUAGUUUUGGAAUUAAUUACAAUAAUGAAUUGCCGAUUUAUCGGAAAGGUACAACGAUAAUUAAAAAAUUAAUACCCGACGAAAAUGGUAAAGUGAAGUCAACAGUUUUAAUUUUAAAUGAAGACAUCAUAGGAGACCGAUUUUGGAAAGAACAUCCCGAGAUUCUAGACCCAAAAGCUAAAGUAAAAAUCAAUAAUUUAAAUAAUAAAAAAUGAAAUUCCCAAAAUAUUGAAAAUUUAUCUGAAGUAACAAAAAAUCUUUUAAUUUAGUAUUUAAUUGAAAAAAAAAAAAAAAAAUCAAUAAAGUUAUAGAUUUUUUUUAUUAUAUAUCAAUUUGUCUAUCUUUCUUACAAUGAUAUACAUUAUACAUACACAUUUAUAAUAUUUAUUUAUAUAUUUAUAUGAUUGAAGGUAUUUAAUUGGUUAAUUUGGGUACACGAUUAGAGAAUGGAAUGCAAUAAUUAUUUUGUAACAUAUAUUAUUAAUUAAUAAUGAUAAUAACAAGUUAACUCUCGGUUAAUAUUAAUACUCUAUACAUUUUGCCUCAGUAAAUAAUAAUAAUAAUAAAAUACGCCGUUAUGUAUCAAGGCGUCAACAACAGCUUAAUAGAUGAGGUCGUUUGUUUAACUGAUUUUUAAUGUACACAUUUUAUAUUUUUAUCAUGGGGUUGAAAUU